AUGUAUGGUAAGCUGCUGAAAGAGUCAGAGGCAGUGGAAGAGUUUUUGGAUCAGCUCGAGUAUCGCCUCGACAAAUAUGCAUCGGAAGACAAAGCGAACGACGAAGAAGUUGUCGAGGAGCUGGUAAGCGAGUGGAAUCGUCACGAAGCGUCGCUAAAGAAUCUAGAAGAAUUAGAACGUCUCCUCCGUGAGAAUGCUGUGAAAAUCAGUGAGAGCGUCUGUGUAGAAAAGAGACGUCGAGCUGACGCGCUCAAAAUGCGGCUGGACGGCUGGAGCAGGACGGUGCAGGAAAUGAAUAAUGACGAAGAUACACUGCUUAUGCAAGUUGAUGAGCUUCAUGACUAUUUGGUGAAUGAGCUUGAUAAAGUCAAAGAUAAGGAACCAGAGGAGGUGAGCGAUUUCCUACAUCUUAAG